CACACACACACCCCUACCUACACUACACUCUUCUCCUUCCUCCUCUUCUCAGCUUAAGCUAAGCUGAGAGCCAGCAGCCAUGGUGGCUGCCAAUCUGCGGCCGUUCCUCUUCACGCUGCUCCUCCUCCUCUCCACCGCCGUGGCGCCAAUCCUCGCCGAGUACGACCCCGAGUGCGACUGUGAGAAGCCCAAGAACCCUAAGCCGUCGCACCCGCCCAAGACCAAGCCCUCCUACCCCUCUCCCAAGAACCCUAGGCCUCCCAAGAGCCCCACCUACCCGUCGCCGCCGGUGACCCGGCCACCGAAGAGCCCCUCCUACCGCCCGCCGGUCGUCGGCCCUCCCAAGGGCCCCGUCACUCACCCGCCCAAGGGCCCCGUCCCUCGGCCGCCGGUCACCUACCCGCCGAUCACCACCCCGCCGGUCACCUAUCCCCCACCCGUCACCACCCCGCCGGUCGUCGUCGGCCCGCCCGUCACCUACCCGCCGCCGGUCGUCACCCCGCCAGUGACCUACCCGCCGCCCGUCAUCUCCCCGCCAGUGACCUACCCGCCGCCGGUCGUCACCCCGCCCGUGACCUACCCGCCGCCGACGACGACGCCGUGCCCGCCGCCGCCGCCGCCACCGACGUCGCAGAGGUGCCCCGUCGACUCGCUCAAGAUCGGCGCGUGCGUGGACCUCCUCGGCGGGCUGGUGCACGUCGGCAUCGGCGACCCGGUGGUGAACAAGUGCUGCCCGCUGCUGGAGGGGCUCGUCGAGCUGGAGGCCGCCGUCUGCCUCUGCACCACCAUCAAGCUCAAGCUCCUCAACAUCAACAUCUACCUGCCGCUGGCGCUCCAGCUCCUCCUCACCUGCGGCAAGAACCCUCCCCCCGGCUACACCUGCGCCAUCUAAGCUCAUGCCAUGGCGUCCCGGCCAAGCUCAAGUUCAUGUCGGCUACUCGACUAAUGAUGAGUACGAGGUGUAUUAAUUAAUUGUUGUUGCUUAAUUUGUUAGUGUGUGGAGACAUGAGAGGAUGUCGUCUGCUAGCUAGCUAGAGGAGGAACGGAUCGAUCCGCUAACGAUGGAUCGAUAGAUUGGAGUUCGUUUUGCUCUGUGUGUGUGUGUUUUUUUUUAACUUUGUUUCAAUGUUUCAGCUUAAUUGCAUGCUUGUUCUUCUUGAUUCGUGUGGUGCGUGGUGUGAGCUGAUCAAUAAGACAGCAACUGUUCAGAAAUUGUUUUCACUAAGAUCAUAUCAUCCUAGCCAGAAAUUAAUAAUGUAUGCCUGCCUUUAAUUUUGAUUAAAUAUGUAAUCCUGCAUAUUUCCAUGUGCAGACAGUGCGUGCAUGCAUGCAGUCGUACCAAUCUCAAUCUGAUGUUAUGUGUCGGA